AUGGAGGUGACGCUUUCGGACACAAUCGGCCUGCCUCAGGGAACCUUGCUCUCCAUCCGAGUGGGCUCCACGCGCAGGCAGGCGGUUGUAGACUCGAAGUUCAAGCUGGUCUUCCCCAAGGGCUGCAAGCACGGGGAGGACAUCAAGGUGGAUGCCCUGCAGCAGAUUGGAAGCAACAUGAUGAAGUACAACGAGAGUGUUGGCCGCUAUGACCUCGAUCUGGACGACUUCGGCUCCAAGGUGUCCUUGAACAUGCGAGAAGUCAUCCAACCUGCGACGGAGCAGGAGAUCAGUGCCGCACCCGAGGCCGCCAAGGUCGACGACAGCUCCGUGAGUCAUCGCCACCGAGUGGCAGUGUAUGCCCGCAAGUACUUGGAUGAGCACAAGCUCCUCACCUGGGCCCACAAGCUGUUUCAGGACUUGAUCCACGACCAGCCGGCGGAUCCCUGGGGCUACAUCGAUAAGCGCUCGGCAGAGGCGAGGGGCGAAGCGGAGUUCGCGGCAAAGGCCGAGGCCGAGAAGAAGCUGGCUCAGGCUGACUUGGAGGACAUCCGCCAGCGCACCGCAACCCAGCUUCAGCAGGCGGCUGAGGAUGGCAGCCUCGAGAACGCCCUGAGCCAUUCUCAAGAGGCGCCGGAGCUGCCACCCAUGUCGAAAGAGCUGGAAGACAUCACCGACUCCCAGGAGGUAGCACACAUGAAGACGGAAGAGGAGGACUUGGACAACCUUCGCUUGAAGACCCAGGCUGCCUUGUUUCGUGCUGCCGAGGAUGGAUCCUUGCAGGAAGUCUUGGGAAGCAAGGCCAGCCAGCCUACAGCCCAAGCCCCAAAAGAUGUGGACGUUCUUCGCCUCCACGCCGCGCAGAUGCUCUUAAGUGCUGCAGAGGACGGUUCCCUGGAGAAGGCCCUCAUCGAUGCCUCCAAGGACACCAGCGACAUCGAUCUCCUGCGACAGGAGGCGGCGGCAACGCUUCUGCGAGCUGCCGAAGAUGGAACUCUUGAGUCGGUCUUGAGCAAGAACCAAGCCCCGAAGGACGACCUCGAGUCCCUGCGCCAGGAGGCUGCUCACACCCUCUUAGCUGCUGCCCAGGAUGGACGUCUGGAGGAGGUGCUGACCAAGAAGAGCCAGGAGACCAACAUCGAGGCAAUCCGACUCGAAGCUGCUGCAGCGCUCUGCAAAGCCAUGGAGGAGGGCAGCUUGGAAGCUGCAUUGGCGCAGGCGAAGGGCCAGAAGGACGUGGACGUCCACGUGUUGAAGCAGGCGCGUUCACCAGAAAGGACGAUCAUGAUGUUGACCAAGACUGACCAAGACGAUGCAUAUGGCUAUGAAGGCGUCAGGCUUGUUGUGCACCCGCAGGAAGCAGCCACGGCUUUGCUCCAAGCUGCCCAGGAUGGAAGCCUUGAGAAGGCCUUCGCCGAAGUGAAGUCGGAGCCGCAGCAGGCUCUGGUCUGCUUGGGUUGGGAUGGGGCCGAAGGGAUAGAGCUGGAAUCUCUUCGAAUGGCGGCUGCAGAGACACUGUUGAAGGCAAAGAACCCAAGUGACGCCAAAGUUUGUACGAAUCUCCCGGACCGGGAGGCUGCAGUGGAUGGCAGCCUGGAGCAGGCCGCGGCCAGGUUUUGGUCUUCCUGGAAGCAACCGACUGCCGACAGGCACUGCGCGCAGCUCCGCGGAGCGCGGCUUCAGGCACACCGCUCCCUGGAAGCCGCGGAAGACUUAGACUCAGUGCAGAUUUGGGCAGGCAUUACAUCUGCAGGGACUUCCGAACUGGGCGACCUGGCCACGGACUGGCGCUGCAGCUCAUGGGGGAAGGGCCUUCGAUGA